CUGCGCAGAGCGCGCGGUACGUUCGCAUCGCAGAGGAGGUUGACUCCGUGUGGCGCGUACGGGUGCGGCAUGUACGCACGUACGCACUGUCGCUCCUCUUUCUUCUCAGAGUGCGUCGAGCGUCGAAGUGGUGCGUGGUGUGUGUGGUGCACAGCUGGCCUCGGGCGACGACGUUCCAGCUUUUUCUUCGCGCCGGUCGGCGGGACCGAGAGUGGAGAACGACCCGUAGUGGCAACACUGGGAGAACGCCGCUGGAUUACGAUGCGCUGGGAGUAGUCAUUCACCCCCGGUGUUUGCUUGUCGAGAACCGUGGCAUGACCGCUACGUAGCCAUGGGAGGCCACUGUGAUCCCCGCCUAAGGCGGGUCGUCCCUCGGAUAACGGAUUUUCGGAUUAACCUAGCCCUUCUUCUCACCCUCCUCGCUUACACGGCAGACGCCUCCAAUGCACCGUCCAGCCAAGGAGGAGAAGGCCGCGCGCCGCGCAUCACGGAGCAGCCGGUGGACGUGGUGGUCCGCAAGCACGAGCCGGUGACCCUGAGGUGCAGCGCGGACGGCGACCCUCCUCCGCGGAUAGCGUGGUUCCACGACGGGAAGAGCGUGCGCGACUCGGCCACGCGCAUGGUUCUGCCCGAGGGACAGCUCUUCUUCCUGCAAGUGCAGCACAGUCGCCGGGAACAGGACACCGGGCUCUACUGGUGCACGGCCACCAACGCGUUGGGCGCGGCACGAUCGCGAAACGCCAGCGUCGAGCUCGCCGCGCUUCGCGACGAGUUCCGGCAGCUGCCCAAGAGCGUCCGCGUGGCGGCGGGAGAGUCGGCGACGCUGGAGUGCGUUCCUCCCAGGGGCCACCCCGAGCCCACGGUCACCUGGUUCAAGGACGGCGUCCAGGUGCAGCCGGGCACGGGGCGCGUACGCCUUCUGGCCCAGGGCGCUCUACUCAUCGCCGACGUGCGUCCCUCCGACCAAGGGCGCUACGUGUGCCGGGCGGCCAACAUGCUCGGCACAAGGGACUCGCCGCCAGCGCUGCUAUCCGUGCACACGAAGCCGUACUUCGUCCGAGUCCCGGAAGACGUGACAACACUCGCAGAAGAAUCUGUGGCAUUCGAGUGCAAAGUCCACGGCGACCCGAAGCCGACGGUCACCUGGAGGAGGCAGGAUGGAAAGAUGCCCGUCGGAAGGGCAUACGUUCAAGAGGACAAGAGUCUGCACAUCAAGAAUGUCGCUCCUGCGGAUGAGGGAAUAUAUAUCUGUGAAUCAGAAAACAUUGUUGGCUCAGCUUCUGCUUCGGCAACACUUACUGUGCACUCACGUCCAACAUUCCGCCUCACUCCCCAGGACCAGAAAGUGGGGCUCAACGGUGUCGCCAAGUUUGACUGUCUGGCGACAGGCAACCCCCCGCCCUCCGUGUUCUGGACCCGAGAAGGCAACCAGGUGCUCAUGUUUCCGGGCAAGUCACACGGCCGCUUCUCGGUCAGUCACGAGGGCACACUGACCAUCACGGGGGUGCGAAAGGAGGACCGCGGCUACUACGUCUGUUCCGCUUUGUCCGUGGUCGGUUCGAGCAUGGCCAAGGGUCGCCUGGAGGUCACCGCGAUCGCCGACCUCCCUCCGCCCAUUAUACGUCUGGGGCCGGCCAACCAGACACUGCCUGUCCACACGGCCGCCCAGCUACCGUGCGAGGCGGCCGGCACACCCAAGCCUGUUGUGCAGUGGCUGUACAACGGUUCACCUCUGAACUCUGAUAAACGGCCUCGAUUCACGUUGCUUGAGUCUGGCAUGCUGCAGAUACAAGACCUUCAGAUGUCGGACAGUGGUGCGUACACUUGCAAGGCGUCCAGUGAAAGCGGUGAGACAUCCUGGACUGCGUCUCUCGCUGUCGACUCCCCGCACAAUCCAAACGUAAAUUUUCAUCGUUCUCCUGACCCGUCCACAUUUCCCGGGCCUCCUUCACAGCCUGUGGCGGUAAACACAACGGAGACUUCGAUAACACUAACUUGGGCACGCAGCGAGAAAGUGGGCGCAUCAUCCCUCAAGGGAUACACAAUUGAAUACUAUAGCAGCGACCUCCAAAGUGGAUGGGUUCUGGCAGCCCAUCGAAUUCUCGCCGAAACGCACACCAUCGAAGCCCUGCGUCCCGACUCACGGUACAUCUUCAUCGUAAGAGCUGAAAACUCUCAUGGACUUGGAGUACCUAGCCCUGUCUCUGAAACUAUACGAACGUUAGGAAUGGCACCGCACUUUCUCCCCGAAUACAACCUUGACGAAGCACGAGCGAAGCUUAGUGCAAGUGUGGUGACCCUUCAAGAUAUACGUGCCAUGAGUUCAACAGCUGUCAAGCUGAAUUGGAAGGUUCAAGGCAGCAAGGACUAUGUGGAGGGCUUUUACGUUCGAUUCCGGGACAUGAGUGGUGGAUCACAGAAGUACAACAUGGUGACCGUGCUGAAUGGUGGAGCCCUCUCCUACGUGCUGAACGACCUCAGGAAGUUCACGAAGUACGAAUUCUUUCUCGUGCCCUUCUACAGGAGUGUUGAAGGCCCACCAAGCAACUCGAAGAGUGUUCAAACGCUUGAAGAUGUGCCAACAGCACCACCUGAUAGCGUGGAAGUCCAUGUUCUCAACAGCACAGCUGCCACUAUAUUCUGGUCUCCCCCACCACCUCAGCACCGCAAUGGAAGACUCAGAGGAUACAGUGUAUAUGUGAAUGGAAAUGCAUCUGACCUCCAUUUCAAUCAAAGCACAAACUCCACAACUAACAGCCUUACAUUAAACAACCUGAAGACAGGAGCCACGUACGAAGCACGUGUGGUCGCUGUGACCACCGUUGGUGGGGGACCAGCCAGCAGCCCCGUCCACUUCAAAAUGGAAAGCCCAACGUCCUCAACAUCACUUUCUACUCCUCUUCAAAACAUCAUCACACAGUCAUGGUUCAUUGCACUUUUUGGAUUCUUGCUGCUCGCAGCAGUGACAAUUUUUGUGAUACUUUUAGUGCGAAAAAGACGGCUAGAACAUGCAAAGACAAUUAUAACAGCUCCAGUACAUAAGCAAGAAGACAUCAGGAAUUGCUUCAAUUCCCUCUCUGGUCCGGCUAGCCUGAGCCCUCACGAAGCCUUGUGGAUUGACCAUAGUGCCUGGAGAGCUUCUGAGGCUUUGAAGGAGCCCUUCUGUGAAACAAAGGCUCUUAACAAGAUGAGCUGCACUUCAAAUGAUCUUAACUAUUCUAGUGUCUACGCACCUUUAAACUGUGGCAUCGAUGCCACCGACUAUGCAGAGGUGGACAAUUACAACAUGACAACAUUCUACAAAAAGGACCUUUCGUCUAUACCAGAGCCUUAUGCUACUACCACGUUAAUAAAUCCUUCAUUCCAGAAGAGUUUAAGUGGUUCAGCCAAAGAUAGUCGCAGUGGAAGCUCGGCGGAAGAAAGAAGCCGGACAUCAGACAAAGCUUUUGACCUUGAACUGAAGCGCACUAGUGAAGAUGGUGUUACAGACCGGCUGUUGGAAUCUGAUAAGCUCACCAGUCCAGCCAGUGACUCGGGCAGUUACACAACAGAUGAGUACGGGAUGCCUGUAAAAAAAAGCCGCCAGAAGUUUUCACGGGGACGAGCCAUCUCUAGGGGACCUCUGAUGAAUUGGUCCGAAAUCAUUCCUCCACCACCCGAGAAGCCACCCAGUGAAGCUGGUUCUCAUCUAAAUACUCCUGCAUCCCUCAGGAGGAUGUCGCCUCAUGAUGGACAGCCUAAACAGAGCCUCCAACCCAGUGCAGCCCAGCUAUCCCACAAUUUGAGGGUAAUGCAAGCACUGCCACGACUCCCAGCACCAUCACCUAAGGGUUCCCUAAAUCAGUCCAGCAACAGCCUAGGGAGUCCCUACGCAGACCCCUACCAAGGGGGUGCUCCCUUUCUGCCCAGGGCAAAUAGGUCCCUCUUAAAGCCUUCGCAGCCACAGCACAUACAACAGCCACAAGAGCAGAUAUUCAGCAACCCUUUUAUGGACCGGGGUGUACAGUCAUCACUGCCAUCACUCAUCAGCGAGCCCACAUCCUUCAACGCUGCCAUGGAGCCAUCAGGUCCACGACUGGCCACACUUCAAGGACACAUCUACCAGCCAACAGAUGCAGAAUCUGAUAUGGAGGAUGCAUCACAGCCCCAGUCGUACCAGUCCAGUGUUGCAGGGGACACAGAUUACGCGCCGAGCCAUACACCAUCCUGGGCCAGCACAACAGAGCAAAGCAACAGCUCUUGCACGAGUGGCUGCUCGAGCGGGGCAAGUUCCUACGAUGACUCUGUCUACAAUGAAGGGGACUUUGCGAGCGCGGUAAUGCGAGCAGCUCAAAAUGCUGGGUUUCAAGUCAAUGGCUCAGUGAUCUCUACGGCACCUCCAUCAGCAGCACAAGGUGGCCAAAAUACGACUCCCGAAUGGGUACUCAACCAGCAAAACAAUGAACUCCCAAACGCACGAAGGCACGGAAUUAAAACAUUAAAUCAUCACAUCAAGGAUAAUGGAAUGAAUCCUCAGAAUCAAUCGCUGUCCUUAAGCCUGCCUUGUCAAAAGACGUUAGGGGAGCAACAGCUUGCACCCAACGAAAAUAGUUCGUCUAUGCAAAGCAGCAAUGGAACCUCGUACGAGCAGCAAAGUUUCCCGAUAUAUGACGACCCUCCCGACAUGGUGGCACCUCAGAGUAGAUUGGGGAAGCGGAGCUGGAAGUUAGAUAGUUGAGACGACACCACUGCCCAUUCUUGCCACUCAAAACAGCAUGUCUGUAGGCUUUUCUGUUGGGGAAAAAAGGCUAGCAGCGACUUGGGCAAGACAUCAGUGGAUAUUUAAAUAAUCGGUCAACACGAAGUGUGUCAACUUUCAACAAAGGUUCUCCUCUACCCAUGAUAUGAUGACCGCUCAAUGAUGGCCACGCAUCAGAAUCACUGAGUGAGAUCUCGCUACAUACGGAUGCAAAGACGAAGGAGCCAAGUGAAAGAACUCCCUGUUUCAACCUCAAUGUGAUUUUUCUGACCAAGUUCCUUUUGUUGCCGAAAGAAGAAUGAUCAUAAUUUAUGUGACAAGUCCACCGAAGUAUGCAAGAGGGUGAUGUGUGUGCCAAACGAGGAAUGAUGCCAUGAUGCAAUAAUUACGAAGUUAUCGGACGUGCCAGAAGAAAGGACACUGUACAGUGUGUGUUAAUGAGAUGUGCGAGUGUGUAUGUGUAGAAUGAGUGUAAAAAAGGUGUGAGAGUGUUUGUGUAAAUGUGUGCGUGCAAACGCAAGCACAACUCCCUUUGUAAUACGUUAAAACUUUGGUGUGCAUAAUGGCAGACAUUGUUAGUGCCUGGCACAAUCUUAACUCAGCUGCCACAUCACAGCAUAUCAAUGGACUGAACUGUGCAUUUUUUGUGAUGCUCUACAAGUUGUAAAUUAGAGCGAGUAGGCUUAACAUGACUCGAAGGUGCACCACAAGAAAAAAAGCAGGCACAAUCGAUUGUAAAGCGAUAAAUUUACUGCCUGCCUUUUUUUUUUCCUGCUGCACCUUGAAGCCGUUUUUCUGAAUGGUUGAAACAGUGUCCCAAGGACGCUGUUUGGCUGUAGCACAGUUUCUGUCCAAUUCCUCAGUGGUCGUUGGUUGGUGUACAGGCAACAGCAGAAUGUUUUUAAGCAGGUACAGUGUGCCGUGAAGCUUCUUAAUUUAUUGUUGAAUAUUUAAUUUUUAAAUGAUGAGAGUACUUGCAGGGAAAAAAUGUGCAUGUACAAAGUGGAAAGACAGUCACAAGAAAUAAAAGUCACUAUUGCCUAUCCUAUGAAA